AUGGCACCGGAGGCCCAGUUCCAAAACAAGAGCUUCCCGAAGAAUGUCAAGCAACAGGACUCGUACUUCAUCGUGGAGGACAUGGUCAACACCUUCGGUGUGCGCUUGGGAGGCCAGGACCGGGUGGCACUCUACGGUGUGGCGGAUGGGCACGGCGAGUGCGGGGAGAUUUGCGCAGCUUUCGUGCGCCGGCACCUGCCGACACAGCUUGCGAGGUCUCAGCACUUUGCAGAAGGCCAUCUGGAAUCAGCGCUGGUGGAAGCUUUCGUCCAGACAGACCUGCUGCAACAGUCUGCAGGCCUUCCUCUCUGGGCCUCUGGUGCCUGUGUCAUCGCGGCCGCGGUGUCACCAACCAGCAUUGUGGUGGCAAACUGUGGUGACUGCAGAUGUGUGCUGGCGGAACAGGGAACCGCACGGGAUCUCUCCUCCGACCACAACGUCCAAAGUGCGACGCAGGAGGAGCUCCGGAGGGUGCUUGCGGCAGGUGGCAGCCUCACUCCGGAUAAGCGCGUCACAACCGGAGGUGCUCCUGGACGGCUCGCGACAACGCGUUCGCUGGGGGACUACUGGGCAAAGCCACAGGGACCUGCGGAAGGCCACAUCAUCUCCGGCCUUCCUGAAAUCCAGACGAUAGUGCGACGUCCUGGGCAGCAAUAUCUGCUCAUGGCGUCAGACGGCAUCUUCGGAUUUAUGUCAUCUCAAGAAGUCGUCUCCAUGUGCCUGUCGCGAGCCCAGCAGCUGCCCUCGUCGCCGCUGUCGGCAGUGAGCCAUGCGCUGGUCUGCGCGGCUGUGGCACGUCGCAGUGACGACAACUGCACUUGCCUUGUUGUGGACCUAUCGCGUGUUGAGCUGUCCAGCGUGCCCGAGCAAGGGAAGCGGCAGCGGCCUCCGGUCUUGGAGGUGCCUGGCCCUGACCUAGCCGAGCAAGUUCCGUAUUGGAAGCACAAGCCAGAUGAUUAUCGCCGGAAUGGCGAUGUGCAGCAUGCCAGGUUUGGUCACUCUCUGCCCACCGCCGAGAAGUCCACUCCAGAAAAUGCGCAUCGCACGAGGCAUGCAGAAGGGCCGCGCGAGGACUCAGAAAAGACGUCGCUGCCUCCAUCAUCUCCGGCCACAGCCGACGAGGUUUGCUGGUGCCCGUGGUGUUGUGGCAUGAGCCAGGAAGGGAAGCCGGAGAACCUCAUCCUGGGAUCCUUCGAGAGGUGGAGGUUGCACAUGCAUGAGCAUCACUUUGACAAACUCGGGCUCGCCUACGCGGCCGACGAGAUCGUUCCCUGCUACUGGUGUUGCAGACCGUGCGUCACCAAGAAGGGCCAGCUCAAGAGCGGGAACCGCUUGCCCUUCUGGGGAUCCCACGAGCGUGUCUGCAGAGAGAAUCCGAGCAAGCCCGUACUCCCCGGCCAGGCUCGCAGCUCCGAGGGGUCGCAGACCUCCAGCGGGGAGUGGCACUGGGGAAGGAGCCAGGCCCGGAGACCGGGCCCCCGAAAAGACACCAGCGGCGUGGGUGCGACGUCUCCUUCUCUGGCGUACCGCGAUCUACGGGACUCGUACGACCUCCGGGAGCUGCGCCAGUCUCUGCCGGGUGCGGCUAUCGGAGGUGAUGAAAUUGGGCGGAUGGGCUAUGAUGCACGCCGUCCACCUCAUCUGCCGAAAGGCAGUGCAGAGCACCUCAGCGAGCGUCGUGCGCCGCGGCCCAUGGAGGCCCGCCGUGCCACUGCGGCGACUGAGAGAGCAGAUGCCGAAGAGGUGGUGUCUGCUAAUCCGGUGCAAGGACCCAGAAGAAGUCAUGUCAGACCCAGGCGUGCUCUCUGA